AUGCCUGCUGCGACAACGCCCCCUCCCACCAUCCCCAGGGAGGCCCCAGCCACUGAGGUGGGCUCUGCGCCUAAUUCAGCCCAGCAGCCCUCAGCACAUCCUCAGCGCCUCCUGCUGAGGUCCUCCAGGCCCUCCCUCCUCCCCCUGCCCCUCCUCAUCCUCCGUACCAGGCUCCGGGCAGACGAUCAGGCGUUCGUCCCCUCCCGCUCCCCCGCCCUUGACCGCCCCCCCCCACCCCCCCCGCGCCAAGCCGACCCCUACCUCAGCACCCAACGACAGUCUCCGCGGCCCUGCGGGCUGCCACGCUCGCUCCCGCGGCGCGCACCCCGCCCCGCCCGCCUUCCCAGGGCCGAGAUCACCGAGCUCAGACCCGCCGCGCCGCGGCUCCAGGCUGCGCUCGCUCCUCCGCCAGCUGCCGCGCCCGGCGCGCGCUCAUUGGUGGAGCCGUGCGGCCCCCCUCCGGCGCCGCCCAAUCAGAGCCCAGGACUCUCGCCCGGCUCCGGAGGGGAGGGGCCGCGGCGGGCGGUGGCUCCAAACGGGCACCUCCCCCUGCGGCGGGACCGGCCUCGUCACGCCCCCAUCGCCCUGCUCUAG